AAGACAGUACCCGCCAUAUUGUAGUGUUGAUAUUCAUGGCCACCACACACACAAUCAGAACAGUGGGAUGCAUUCCAGCUCGUUACGUGGCCAGAAAGAGAGUACGAGGUCGUCAGGGGAAUGCAUCAUGUCACCGUGGGCCUAUCAUGCAUGGGGAGGCAGAGCAUAAGAUUGAUGAAUUCAUGUUGUACAGCGACGAAGAAGAAGAAGAAAAUGAAAUUGAGGAAGAAAACGAGGAAGAUGAGGAAAGUGCAAGAGAUGGGGGGGGGUUACAUAGCCCUCGGGGGGGUACCACAUCACAGUCACCCCCUCGCUGCCCCCUCCUCUUCCACCUCCACCUCCUCCUCCUCCUCCUCCAGUAAUGCUGUGUCCUGUUCCUCCUCUUCUUCAUCUUCUGUCUCGACGGCGCUCGGGGCGUCGGCAAAGAAGCAUAGUUUUAUCCAGAAAUACCAGCCGCUGAGUCGUAACUUCGCUGACUACGUACUGACUCGCUCGAGGGGCUGCAGCCGACUCGAACACCAACACAUCAACGAGGAGUUCGGAACCAGACACAUGCUGACGACUGGGAUGUUUUAAAGAGAAGAGCCUAUCCCACUCAACAGAAUUAAUAAGGUCUUCUGCUCGCAAUGGCUCAGCGACCACCAGAUAGUCAUGGGGACAAAAUGCAACAAGUUAAUGGUGUACGACGUCAACACCAGACAGAUGGACAUUAUUCCGUCCCUUAGGAGCAGAGGUAGCCAGGCCCGCCCGAAACAGCAGCAGUGUGGAAUUCAUUGUAUUGAGAUUAACCCGUCCCGCAGUCUCCUGGCCACAGGGGCGCUGAAUUCCAACGAUAUUGCAGUCUACAGGUUGCCGACCCUCGACCCGGUCUGCGUGGGUGACCGAGCUCACAAAGACUGGAUCUUCGACAUGUGUUGGCUGGACGACCAGUUCCUCGUUUCUGGGUCAAGGGACACUCACCUUGCUCUGUGGAAGGUUGAUGACGACACGCAUGCAUUCGGGGGGGACCAGCCAGCCUCCCCCAGCUACGGCCAGAUCAAGCCAGUUCGCGUCAAGAAGUGCAAUGGAGCGGAGAAGGUGCGAGCUGUCAUUUUCAACCCUAACUACUCUGAGGUCGUUGCGCUGUCCCUAAACGCCUACGUGCACGUUUGGGACGCGAACCGGUUUGUGCAGAAGAUGUCUCGGAAACUCCCACAUGCGAUGGAGAACGUUUGUUUGACGUGUAAGGAUGACUGUUCGCUGUACGCCAUCGGUUCAAAGUCCCACACGACCCUGCUGGACCCACGGACACUGCAUCAGGUUCGGGAAGGUGGGUGUAGGGGUCUCCGGGGUGUCAACGCUCGGAUCACAGGUUGCGGAAUAAGGUCGGUUAGCUUCCACGGGGAAAUACUGACCAUUGGAACAGGAGUCGGAGCCAUAAUGUUCUUCGAUAUGCGCGCUGGGAAGUACAUGGAGUCAACAAUGAACAGCGGCCGUGCGGUUGUUCUGAAGAGUACGAAGGGGUGGGUAAGCGCAGACGACCAAUACCAUGAUGUUUUCCACAACGUCGAGUAUACACCAGCGAUAUACACACACUGCUAUGACUGGUCUGGCAUGAGGCUGUUCACGGCAGGCGGCCCCCUCCCGGCCUCUCUCAAGGGGAAUUAUGCGGCCCUCUGGUGCUGAGAUGACACACUUAUUUGCAAGUUUUCCUCGUUUAUUUCCCUUUCUUUGGUUCCUGAGACACACACACACACACACACACACACACACACACACACACACACACACACACACACACAUACACACACACACUCAUUUCCCCAUAAUCUCUAGUUUUGGUUCCUAAUACACACUUAAAACACUUUCAAAACACCUUUCCUGUCUUUUUUCAUGUUUUCUCUCCCCUUAACACACUGAAACAUUUUUAAAUACAUCUUUUCUUAUCCCUUACACUCUUAAACACACCCUAACUAGCCCCUACACACUCAAAACACACCCUAACUGGCCCCUACACACUCAAACACACCCUAACUGGCCCCUACACACUCAAAACACACCCUAACUGGCCCCUACACACUCAGUCACACCCUAACUGGCCCCUACACACUCAGACACACCCUAACUGGCCCCUACACACUCAAACACACCCUAACUAGCCCCUGCACACUCAAACACACCCUACCUGGCCCCUACACACUCAGACACACCCUAACUGGCCCCUACACACUCAAACACACCCUAACUGGCCCCUACACACUCAGUCACACCCUAACUGGCCCCUACACACUCAGACACACCCUAACUAGCCCCUACACACUCAAAAACACCCUAACUGGCCUCUACACACUCAAAACACACCCUAACUGGCCUCUACACACUCAAACACACCCUAACUGGCCCCUACACACUUAAACAACACCCUAACUGGCCCCUACACACUCAGACACACCCUAACUGGCCCCUACACACUCAGACACACCCUAACUGGCCCCUACACACUUAAACACACCCUACCUGGCCCCUACACACUCAAACACACCCUAACUGGGCUCUACACACUCAAAACACACCCUAACUGGUCCCUACACACUCAAACACACCCUACCUGGCCCCUACACACUCAAACACAUCCUAUCUGGCCCCUACACACUCAGACACACCCUAACUGGCCUCUACACACUCAAACACACCCUGCCUGGCCCCUACACACUCAAACACACCCUAACUGGCCUCUACACACUCAAACACACCCUAACUAGCCCCUACACACUCAGACACACCCUAACUGGUCCCUACACACUUAAACACACCCUAACUGGCCUCUACACACUCAAACACACCCUAACUGCCCCCUACACACUCAAAAACACCCUAACUGGCCUCUACACACUCAAAAACACCCUAACUGGCCCCUACACACUCAAAACACACCCUAUCACACUCAGACACACCCUAACUGGCCUCUACACACUCAGACACACCCUAACUGGCCCCUACACACUCAGACACACCCUAACUGGCCCCUACACACUCAAAAACACCCUUUAAAACAACUUUUCUACCUUUUUUUUUUGUUUUCUUCUCACCCUGUUUGUUCACUCUUAAAUACAUCCUCCCUAUACCUCUGUGGGCACCCCUCUGCUUGUUCUGAGUGCCCCUGGUAUCUUCCCUACAUCUUUAAACCUUAUAAUCUAAUUUGCCUCUCUCUUUUUUUUUUUUUUUUUUUUUCUUCUUUAGUUUAUUUCAUCCUACACUUCUUCUCCCCUCCCCCCCACCCCCCGUACACUUGAAGCAUUCCUACUCGCCCUGUACACCCUCCCUUCCCCCCCCCCCUCCCCCCCAGUGCUUGUUCUGUCACCUCCCUACACUCCCUCUCUCUCUCUCUCCCUCCCUACCCCCCCCAUCCACACACCUUCCCUAGUGCAGUAUAGCUCCUCCCCUUCCUCCUCCUCCUCCUCCUCUUCCUCUUCUUAGUCUAUUUACACCCCCUCCCUCCCUCCCCUCCCCUCCUCUCCUCUCCUCUCCCCCCCCUCAUCUACACUUACAUACACUCAUAACUACACUACACUACACUCAAGCAUAUAUAUAUAUUCUCAUCUUCAUUUGUGUGAGAGAGAGAGAGAGAGAGAGAGAGAGAGAGAGAGAGAGAGAGAGAGUGGUUGUUUUUGUUUGUUUGUUUGUUUAAUCUUGUCUGUCUAAAUUUCUUGUUUUUUUUUCAUCAUUUAUUUUCUCUCUCUCUCUCUCUCUCUCUCUCUCUCUCUCUCUCUCUCUACUCUCUCUCUCUCUCUCUCUCUCACAUGCGAAUCUCACCAGUGCUAGCUCCUCUCUCUCUCUCUCUCUCUCUCUCUCUCUCUCUCUCUCUCUCUCUCUCUCUCUCUCUCUCUCUCUCUCUCUC